GCCGUGUGAUCUUUUGCCAGACAAAAUAGCUUGGAAGCAAAAGAUGGCAGGUGUUCCAUCAAAGGAUGAGAAAUGAUAAUAACCGGUCAUCUUGAUCUUGGCCCAAAUCGUAGACGGCCUGCCAUGGAAAUUCCUGAGACUUCUGGCCAGAAAGGUGAGGUGGCAGGGUGUGCCAUUUACCCUGCCCACCUGGGCAAAACGCUCAGGUUUCCAGCCGGACCUUGAGGUCUGUAAAGAUGCACAACCUCUGCAUUGUCAGAAGGCAGAUCUGGAAGAGCAAGGGUUGCAUCAACGAUGGAAGAGCACACUGGGGGCCCCACCACUCCCUCGCCAGAGAAGGUUUCUACAGGGAAAUCUAGAAGUCCUUCUAGGUUAUCUCGGAUCAUCCUCUCUGUCGUUUUGGCCUGUGGAACCGUCUGCAUCAUUUUGGCAGCCGCUCUCGGCUUCCCCCAUACCUCACCCAAGCCUCUGUUGCAGGUGGUGCGGUUCAACUUUCAGAGCCAGCCGGGCUCCCAGGUGAACCAGUCGGCCUUUGUGAACAAGCACAAGAAUACGGUGACCUAUUACGUCACUUCGCCCAAUAACCAAACUUCGUCGGUCCUCUUUGACAGCAAGAACGGUUACAUCUGUUACAAGCCCUUUGGACGAAACAGCUGCUACCUGAGGAUGAUGGAUGCCUGGGACCACAAAGCCGUAGAGAUGGUCUUCAACCUGUCGGACCACAGGGUGGAUCUGUUGCCCCCUCCCAACAACAGGACCCAGUACUACCGGGAGUUCCUGGCCGUCGUGCCUGGGAGACAGGUGCGGCCAGAGGAUGCGGGAGAGGCCGCUCGGGCCUUGUGUGAGCAGGCGCCCAUCUACUGGGUCAAGAAGAAAGAGGGGCCUCCAAAGCAGCGCCUCAUCUACCUGUGUGUCGACAUCUGCUUCCCGAGCAACAUUUGUAUCUCCAUCUGUUUCUACUACCUUCCCGAGUGAGAGGCCUGGAAGCUCGAUCGCUCUCUCCCCCCCCCAGCUCAGCCUGCCUCAGCGCUUCUGUACUUGAAUUCGUCAGGGGGUGGGUGGGGUGGGCCCGGUUUUCUCCCCACCACCCCCUCCCCCAAAGCAGCUCCCGUGGGGCCUCUUUGGACACAGGGCCCUGGCUCCAGCCGGAAGGGCAGGUAUUCCACCCCGUCCACAGCCCGAUUGCAGUCUCAUCCGUAUCUACCUUUUAUUUCCAAAAAGCGUCACCACGCCUCUUGUAAAUAAGUAGCUGCACAGGGUAGAGAAGAUCCACUUAAGUGCAUGUUAUGUACACGCGUUGUGUUAAACGAAAAACCAAUUUUUUAAAAAAAACCUCAAAACAUUUUAUACAAGGUUAGCCAACCUGAUGUGAUAUUCAGUAAAAGCAUAAAGGGAGAAAGUGAGACCGUGAAAGUGUGGUGUGUUGAGCGUCGGUGAGAAAUCAGCAGCCUCUCCCCUGGUUGUGACCGU